AUGGUCACUGCCUCUGCUCAUUGUUCUCUCAAGCCUUCCACUCCUUUUCUACGCUCCUCUGCAUUUUUUACCAUACCAACAUCCUCCUCCAAAUGCCUGCCCCCUCCGUCGUUGCCGCCUGCGUUGUGCGUCGCUGGAAGAAGAGCUUGCUUCUCUCCUUUAGUGAUGAACAGAAAAGUCAGUCAAGAUGUUGAUUGUGCUGAGGAGGCUGAGCAGCUACAGAUACAAGUGGAGAAGCCCAGUGAGACUCUCUUGUACUCCAAUCUUCUGCCUCUGCUGGUUUUGGCUGCUCUUCCUGGAGCUGGUGCUGUGACAUCUCUAUUUGAGCCAUUCGUUGAGCUUGUCAAAUCAUGGAGUCUUCCUGGCUGGCUUGUGCAUUGGGGUCACCCAGGCAAUAUGGCCGUUGUUCUCUUUGCAAUGGGUGGCUACGGAUCCUAUCUUGGCUACCGGAUACGAUAUUCUGAUGAUGUGGAGGAGAAGGCUAAGGCCAAAGACUUGCACCCCAAGCUUCUAGCUGGGAUGUUUUUCUUUUUUGCUGCUGGAGCAACUGGUGGAGUAACAGCUCUUCUCACCUCUGACAAACCCAUUUUUGAGAGCUCUCAUGCUGUCACUGGAUUUAUUGGCCUUGGUCUGUUGACCAUUCAGACAAUUUUACCUUCUUUGUUUGAGGGUAAUCCCAACUUAAGAAGUGUUCAUGGGAUUCUGGGUACUGGGAUAAUGACAUUAUUUGUUGUUCAUGCUGCCCUUGGACUUCAACUUGGUCUAAGCUUCUAGAUCAUCUCCUUGUCUACACUUUCUUAUAUUCUUUUAGCUGAAUAGCCUUAUUAUGUACAUCAGUUGAGUGAUAAAGCAGCAGCACCAGUAACUCGGCAGAGAAACUUUGGGAAUGGUCAUCAAAUUGUUCCCUUAAUAAAUGAAGUAGAGAUGAAUCAUAU